AUGGCGUCUCAAGCGUUGAAGAAAACAUGCAAUGUUUUGAUGGUUGUAGCUAUAUUGACGAUGAUGUUCUCGGCAGAUAUUGCUCAUUCACGCGACGUAGGAAUGUGUGUGAAACAUUGCCUCUAUCAAUGCUCAAAAUCGGCGAAAAAACCUACUCCUACACAUUGUGAAGAAACUUGUAAAAAAGACUGCAACAAACAAGCAAUCAGUAAGGAAAAAGUUAUUUUCCCUCCUGGUGAAGGCGAUGGUGGUAUCAACAAGUUUUGUCAAAAUUUUCCUAAGGCAUAUCUCCAUAAUAUGUACAUGUUCAUUGUUCUUAUGAAACAAAUACUUCCAUAA